AUGCGCAGCUCAUCCUGUCGCCGGCUGGUCUCAACCGUCGUCCAGCAUGACCUCAGGCCUUCGAUAGUAGGUCACUCCAGGCGUCAGGCAGACCCACCGGCCAGCUUAGGAGUUCGCAAUGAGAACGGCGCCGCGUCCGGGCCAGUGCAUCCACGGCAUCAGCAGCAGAUUAGAGGCAAGAAGACAAAAACCACUAUCAAUUUCGCAGACCUGCCACAAGGGCCCAUCAAGCCUCCGGAAACACCCUUGUCUUCGGUACAGGAUGGGCAGGAGGAAGGACCCGCGUACCCUACCGUGGUGCUGCAGGCGCGGCGGAACAUGGCCAAAUUCGAAAACUGCGUGCUGCUGACACGGGUGGGCGGGUUCUACGAGCUGUACUUUGAGCAUGCAGAGGAGUAUGGGCCGCUGCUGAAUCUUAAGGUCGCAUCCAAGAAGACGAACGCUGGGCCAGUAUCUAUGGCCGGCUUUCCAUUUUUUCAAUUGGACCGCUUUCUCAAGAUCCUCGUCCAGGAGCAUAACUGCUAUGUUGCCGUCGCCGAGGAGUUCCCUAACGAUGCGAGCGACAAGGUCAGAUCCAAUGGUCUCAUGCACGACAGAAAGGUCGCUCGCAUCAUCACUCCUGGCACGCUGAUUGAUGAGAAUUUUAUUGAUCCGUAUGCUAACAACUAUGUCAUGGCUAUUCAUCUAGAUCAGUCAGUUGGUAACGUGGUCGUGGCAGAGACCGCGCCCGCGGAGGAACAGGAUAAAAAGAAAGAACAACCUCUUCCUUCGUUGGCGACCGUUGGUCUUGCAUGGCUUGACAUAUCAACCGGUCAGUUCUAUACGCAAUCGGCCACGAUAGCCGGACUCUCAUCCAUACUAUCCCGUGUCGGCCCACGCGAGAUUGUCAUAGAAAAGGGGCUGCAGUCGCAGGAGGACCAUACACUGUUUACGAUAUUAGCUGAAGAUAAGCAUCUCAUCACAUUCACACCUCAUGACACACCACUGCCUACCCAUGAAUGGGCACCCAUGCUGGAAUCAAAAAUAUCAGCAUCGACAGCCAAGAAUUUUACUGCAGACGAAGUUUUUGCUGGGAGCAUAUUACUUCAAUAUGUGCGAGACCGUCUUCUUGGUCUUAGCAUGAAACUCCAGCCACCAAUUCGCCAUGAGAGUCUUCAAGUCCUCACUAUUGACAAGAACAGCAUGCGCUCCCUGGAGAUCAAGCAGACAAUUCGGGACGGUGCUUUCAAGGGUAGCCUUCUGCAUGCUAUUAGGAGAACAGUCACGAAAAGCGGUGCCAGACUCUUGAAUGACUGGGUCAGUGCCCCCUCAACAUGCUUAGAGACGAUCACGCAACGUCAAGAGCUAGUUGAGUAUUUCAUUCAGAACACAGAUCUACGAGACCUUAUCGUUCAACUUUUAAGAAGAAGUCAUGAUUCACAACGUCUCGUUCAGAAGUUUGCCUUUGGCCGUGGUGAUCCAGAUGAUUUGGUUGGAUUGGCCAACACGAUUCAUGCUACGGAAGAAAUAGUCCAGCUUCUUUCUUCUUCCCCGCCUUCCGCAAACUCGGAUUCUCACCCGUUCGAUGAUCUUCUGAAACGUAUCUCCCUCGCCGACCCAGCCAAGCUUGCUGACCGCAUCCGCUCCUCCAUUGAUGAAGACGGACUCUCAGCACAGCACCAGUUAGAAGACAGCGAAGCAGGGCAGCUACUCUCCCUUGCAUCGGACAUUGUCAGCAACGAAGCGACAAGCGAAGAGGCUGCCACCAUUCUCCCUAAAUCCACCGCGUCCAAGAUCAAGAGGUCUGUCAAUGGGAAGCCGGCCUCGAUCCGUGAUCAUUAUGACGCAGAUAAUCCAACUUUCACCAUGAAGCCAGGUGCUAGCCCGGCUCUCUCAAACCUCCACGGUGAACUCAACAAGCUCCUCCAAGAGCGAAUCGCACUAACCACGACACUCAGCGUCCGCUUUAGCGCCCCAUCUCUCACGCUUCGCUGGGCACCAAACUUGGGUCACAUCUUGCACGUAAAGGGCAAGGACACGAAACAGAUACCCCCGACGUUCCCACCCCUCACCUCGUCGCGGUCGACCCGGACCUUUUCCCUCCCGGAAUGGACAUCGCUCGGCCAAUCCCUCCACCAGGUCCGUUUUGCUAUCUCGACAGAGGAGACGCGCAUCUUUGCCUCCCUGCGCGAGCGCGUGGUGCGCAACCUGAUCAAGCUGCGGCGCAACGCAUCCGUGCUCGACGAGCUGGACGUAGCGACGUCCUUCGCGCGGCUCGCCGCCGAGAACGGGCUCGUGCGACCCGUCCUGUCGGCAUCGCCCAGCAGCAGCAACAACACCUCGCACAAGAUCAUCGGCGGGCGGCACCCGACGGUGGAGCUUGGGCUGCGCGUCGCGGGCCGCUCGUUCUCGCCCAACGACUGCCUGGUGGGCGCGCCGUCGCAGGGCCGCCUCUGGCUCAUCACGGGGCCCAACAUGGCCGGCAAGUCGACGUACCUACGCCAGAACGCGCUCAUCACCAUCCUGGCGCAGACAGGCUGCUUCGUGCCCGCUGCGCACGCCGAGAUUGGCGUCGUGGACGCCAUCUUCAGCCGCGUCGGGUCGGCGGACAACCUCUACAACGACCAGAGCACAUUCAUGGUGGAGAUGCUGGAGACGGCGCAGAUCCUGCGGUGCGCCACGUCGCGGUCCUUCGUUAUCAUGGACGAGAUCGGGCGGGGCACGACCCCAGAUGAUGGCACCGCGGUCGCGUUUGCAGCAUUGUGGCAUUUGGUCAAGAUCAACAAGUGCCGAACACUGUUCGCUACACAUUUCCAUGAGUUGGCGGAUCUGAUCAGGGAGAAAGAAAUGCAUGUGGAUCAGGGAGGCGAGGUAGAGUGCUAUUGUACAGAUGUGGCGGAAGAUGGGCAAGGCGGGUUUGUCUACGUGCACAAGCUGCGGAAAGGGGUCAAUCGGCGUAGUCAUGCGCUCAAGGUGGCAAAACUGGCCGGGCUGCCGGAAGCCGCAAUCACUGUAGCCAAGGGGAUUCUCGGUAGUAGCACGUAG